CCGCCUCCCGCCCGGGGCUGGCCGAGUCGGCACCCGCAAAGAUUUAGUUUCCCUCUUCCCUGGCUGUUGUAAUCUUAAACCUCCGGGAGCCCGGGGCCUAUAUUUAUCGAGAAACGCGUGUCCCCAAGGCCGCCGUGGGUAGCAUCUGGUUGCCUCUUGAAGAAUUUUUGACCCCAAGGAAGGGGAUUCCCCGCUUUUAUUCCUCUUAAUUUUUGGAAUUUGGAGCUUCGAGCCAGGACAGCUGGAAACUACAAACUCCCGGAGAGGGCCAUAUUGUUUUUGAGAGCCUUUGUCUGAGGUUUUGCGGUCCCGUGUGAGCUGCCCGAACUCUCUCGUCCUGCCUCUGAGCCUCCCUGCUGCAGCUUCUUCCCAGCCUCGCUCUGUGCCACCUGUGAGCCGCGGCGUGGGCCACGGCUCCGAGAGAAGCCCCUUUUGUCCUGCGGUGGGCCCCGUAAGAAGUCCUCCUGGCGGGGCUCGGGGUGGUGGGGGGCGGGGAGAUGAACGCUGCCGCCAGCAGCUACCCCAUGGCCUCCCUGUACGUGGGCGACCUGCACUCGGACGUCACCGAGGCCAUGCUGUACGAAAAGUUCAGUCCUGCCGGGCCUGUGCUGUCCAUCCGGGUCUGCCGCGAUAUGAUCACCCGCCGCUCGCUGGGUUAUGCCUACGUCAACUUCCAGCAGCCAGCCGACGCUGAGCGGGCCUUGGACACCAUGAACUUUGAUGUGAUUAAGGGAAAGCCAAUCCGGAUCAUGUGGUCUCAGAGGGAUCCCUCUUUGAGAAAAUCUGGUGUGGGAAACGUCUUCAUCAAGAAUUUGGACAAAUCUAUAGAUAACAAGGCACUUUAUGAUACUUUCUCUGCCUUUGGGAACAUUCUGUCCUGCAAGGUAGUGUGUGAUGAGAACGGCUCUAAGGGUUAUGCCUUUGUCCACUUCGAGACCCAAGAGGCUGCCGACAAGGCCAUCGAGAAGAUGAAUGGCAUGCUCCUCAAUGACCGCAAAGUGUUUGUGGGCAGAUUCAAGUCUCGAAAAGAGCGGGAAGCUGAACUUGGAGCCAAAGCUAAGGAAUUCACCAAUGUUUAUAUCAAAAACUUUGGGGAAGAAAUAGAUGAUGAGAGUCUAAAAGAGCUGUUCAGCCAAUUUGGUAAGACCUUAAGUGUGAAGGUGAUGAGAGAUCCCAGUGGAAAAUCCAAAGGCUUUGGCUUUGUGAGUUACGAAAAACAUGAAGAUGCCAAUAAGGCUGUGGAAGAGAUGAAUGGAAAAGAAAUCAGCGGGAAAGUCAUAUUCGUAGGCCGUGCACAGAAGAAAGUAGAACGCCAGGCUGAAUUAAAAAGGAAAUUUGAGCAGCUCAAACAGGAGAGAAUUAGUCGAUACCAGGGGGUGAAUCUCUACAUUAAGAACUUGGAUGACACCAUUGAUGAUGAGAAAUUAAGGAAAGAGUUUUCUCCUUUUGGAUCAAUCACCAGUGCUAAGGUAAUGCUGGAGGAUGGAAGAAGCAAAGGGUUUGGGUUCGUCUGCUUCUCAUCUCCUGAAGAGGCAACCAAAGCAGUCACUGAAAUGAAUGGACGCAUUGUGGGCUCCAAGCCACUAUAUGUUGCCUUGGCCCAGAGGAAGGAAGAGAGAAAGGCUCACCUGACCAACCAGUAUAUGCAGCGGGUAGCUGGGAUGAGAGCACUCCCUGCCAAUGCCAUCUUAAAUCAGUUCCAGCCUGCAGCUGGUGGCUACUUUGUGCCAGCAGUUCCACAGGCUCAAGGAAGACCUCCAUAUUACACACCUAACCAGUUAGCACAAAUGAGGCCUAAUCCACGCUGGCAACAAGGUGGGAGACCUCAAGGCUUCCAAGGAAUGCCAAGUGCUAUACGUCAGUCUGGGCCUCGUCCAACUCUUCGCCAUCUGGCUCCAACUGGUAAUGCUCCGGCCUCUCGUGGCCUUCCUACUACCACUCAGAGAGUCGGGUCUGAGUGCCCGGACCGCUUGGCUAUGGACUUUGGUGGGGCUGGUGCCGCCCAGCAAGGGCUGACUGACAGCUGCCAGUCUGGAGGUGUUCCCACAGCUGUGCCAAACCUUGCACCACGUGCUGCAGUUGCUGCUGCUGCUCCUCGGGCUGUAGCACCAUACAAGUAUGCCUCUAGCGUCCGCAGCCCUCACCCUGCCAUACAGCCUCUGCAGGCACCCCAGCCUGCAGUCCAUGUGCAGGGGCAAGAACCCCUGACCGCCUCCAUGCUUGCUGCAGCACCACCCCAGGAACAGAAGCAGAUGCUGGGCGAACGCUUGUUUCCACUUAUCCAAACAAUGCAUUCAAACCUGGCUGGAAAGAUCACAGGAAUGCUGCUGGAGAUUGAUAACUCUGAGCUGCUACACAUGCUGGAGUCCCCCGAGUCUCUCCGCUCCAAGGUGGAUGAAGCUGUGGCGGUUCUACAAGCUCAUCAUGCCAAGAAAGAAGCUGCCCAGAAGGUGGGCGCUGUUGCUGCUGCUACCUCUUAGACGAGGAAAAACAAGUACAAAAGCCAAGA